AUGAAGGGUUUAUUUUUUACCCUGAGUCUAUUGUUUUCGGUGCAAGGACUCGCCUGGAGCACGUCUGAUCACGAGAUGCACGAGAAUCUGGCACUGAAGCCACUCAACCGAGGACCCUACUUCGAUGUGUCUGCGUCCAAGAACGUUACAGCGUUGGUUGGGAAAACGGCAACGCUGAACUGUCGUGUCCGGAAUCUGGGCGAUCGUACGGUUUCCUGGGUGAGGCACAGGGAUAUUCAUCUUUUGACCGUUGGCAUUGAUACUUACACGUCCGACCAAAGAUUCGUGGCGUCACAUUUUCCGGCAACCGAGGACUGGACGCUUCAAGUGAAAUACCCACAGCGCCGUGACUCUGGAACCUACGAAUGUCAAGUGUCAACGACACCGCCGAUCGGUCAUUCGAUGCACCUCUCGGUUGUCGAACCUGUCACGUCGAUCGUCGGGGAACCAGAAAUGUUCAUAAACAAGGGCAGCACCAUGAAUCUCACUUGCGUGGUACGUCACAGCCCCGAACCACCGACCGCCAUUUAUUGGACCCACGAUGACGAGGUGAUCAACUACGACAGUCCAAGAGGCGGUGUAUCGGUGAUCACCGAGAAAGGGGAAGUUACAACGUCGUAUCUCCUUGUGCAGCGUGCCCAACCUGCAGAUACCGGCCGGUAUACCUGCCAUCCGAGUAACGCUAAUACAAAGACUGUCCUGGUGCACGUACUUAAUGGGGAACAUCCAGCGGCGAUGCAACACGGUGGCCAACUGAGGCUGGCGAAUCUGCCCUUCAUUAAAUUAAAAACGUCACUGGUAGCCGCUUUCCGAAAAAUCGAAUAG